AGUAGAUGCGCAUGUAGCGGCUCGCAUGGUUCUUCUGAAUGGAACAAUGUGACGGUCGGAAAGUGACAGCCUUAACCACUCGGGGUUAACGAUUAAACCUGGUACGGGCCGUUACCGUACAUAAGGCAUGCACACCUGCGCCCACACAGGCUGCAGCACACAUUAUAACCGAGUGUAGGAUAUGAGACAACCGUUGUGUGGCGUUCAGCAGUGCCCUCUGUUCUGCUUCUGUUUUGAGUUCUCUCGUCUCCUCUGUGGAUCUACGCGGUUUAGGAGAACCGUGGCCAGAGCGCUGGAGGAUAAAUACUUUUCCGCAGUUCAGUAACCCAAUCCGUGCUGCAGAUCUUUAAAUACUCUUCAUAAAAUAACCACGUGGUGUAAGGUAAGACCUUCCCAGCCCCGGACACCGACUGGCGCGAGCUAGUCUGAGAGAACUGUCAGAGUGCGUGCAGGACUGGACUGCGCUCUUGGAUGACUUUCUGAAAAUAACAACUGGACCUAGGCUACUUCAUUUACCUUUUAAGACCAACUUUUCAAUACCCUUUGGCUACCAGACGUUAUUGACCAGAUUAUGCUAUCAGAUAACAUUGACCAGAUAACAAUUUGUUUGUUUCUUUGUUUUUGAUAUCUUUUUGGAAAAUAUAUGUUUCAUUCUUCUAUCCAUCUGCCUACCUUGAGCACGCAGUGAAUGGAGAACAUACUCGAGCUUCUCCCGAAGCACCGGCAAGAGGGUACGCACGCCUGGGGGAGAACGGCGACUCACACCUGCCUUUGCAGACGCAAGAGUAGCCUAGUUGCGACCUUGAAUCGUUUUUUUAUUACCACAUAAUUUCGCGUUCGUGACCACACCUGAGUGCCACUCACCAGCAUUUUUUAAUGGGAUAAAUUAUGUUGUGAGAUCAGGUUAUUAAAAACCGAUCAAGGCAAAUCUAAACUCAGUUAAACGUCCCACACCUUUUGGCCAUAGUCUAUAUUUCUCAUUCAGUCUACUGUCCCCAAAAGCUUCCGCAUGGUACUUUGGUCGAAAGAUCAAGACAAACCGUUGGACACUGACAUGUCAUUGGGGGCGAUAGAGAUGAAGAAGGAAGUGGUGCCACCAGCAUACCUCCACUCCAACGGCUCCGUUCACCCAGCCAUCCUCACCGAGGACCCGGAGGAGAUGAGACCUGAGGAGAGGGGCGAGUACGAGCUCACGGAGGUGACAUCCGUCGCGGACAGGUCUGGUGAACCAGGAGAUGAGGACCGGGAGAUAGUGGUGAUAGACUGUAGGGCGAAUGCCAAGGGCCAGCGCGAGGAGGACGCUCUCCUGGAGAACGCCAGCCAGAGCAACGAGAGUGACGACAUAAGCACUGACCAGAGCCCAGAGCCACCGGCGCCAUUGAAGGAGACCUCCUUCUCCAUUGGUCUCCAGGUGGUCUUACCGUUCCUGCUGGCCGGGUUCGGGACAGUGGCGGCGGGUAUGGUGCUGGACAUCGUUCAGCACUGGACGGUGUUUACGGAGGUGACAGAGGUCUUCAUCCUGGUCCCGGCGCUGCUGGGGUUAAAGGGCAACCUGGAGAUGACAUUGGCCUCCAGACUAUCAACAGCAGCUAAUGUUGGUCAGAUGGACUCAGCCAAGGACAUGUGGAAGAUGAUCGUUGGAAACCUCGCCCUCAUCCAGGUCCAGGCCACAGUAGUAGGGUUCCUGGCAUCCAUCGCAGCAGUGAUCUUUGGCUGGAUCCCAGAGGGGAACUUUAGACUGGGACAUGCUAUCUUGCUGUGUGCCUCCAGUGUGGCUACCGCAUUCAUCGCCUCUCUGAUACUAGGGAUCAUUAUGAUUGGUGUGAUCAUUGCAGCCAGGAAGGUGGGCAUCAACCCUGACAACGUGGCCACGCCCAUCGCUGCCAGUCUGGGAGACCUGAUCACCCUCUCUCUGCUGGCUGGCAUCAGCACAGGAUUGUACAAGGAGCUAGAGUUUAACGACUAUGCCAACCCGUUGGUGUGUGCUGUGUUUGUGGCAAUGACCCCUCUGUGGGUGCUGAUCGCUCGGAGGAUCCCGUCCACCAGAGAGGUGCUCUACUCAGGCUGGGAACCUGUCAUCAUCGCCAUGGCAAUCAGCAGUGUUGGGGGUCUGAUCCUAGAUAAGACUGUGUCCAACCCCAACUUUGCUGGUAUGGCUGUCUUCACUCCUGUUAUCAACGGUGUGGGAGGUAACCUGGUUGCAGUGCAGGCCAGUAGAAUCUCCACCUAUCUGCACAUGAACGGUAUCCCAAUGGGAGAGCCUGACCCCAACCCCAGAAAAUGCCCCACUCCCUGCACCUCCUUCUUUGGCACACAUGUGAACUCUCGUUCGGCGCGGGUGCUCUUCCUCCUGGUCGCUCCAGGUCACCUGGUCUUCCUCUACACUAUCAACUCCAUGCAGGGAGGACACACCACUCUAACAUCCACAUUCAUUGCCUUUUAUAUGGCAGCUGCUCUACUGCAGGUGUUGAUCCUGUUGUACCUGGCUGACUGGAUGGUCCACUGGAUGUGGAGUAGGGGGAUGAACCCUGAUAACUUCUCUAUUCCUUACCUGACGGCCCUGGGAGAUCUUUUGGGGACCGGCUUCCUGGCCCUCUGCUUCCAUGUCCUCUGGCUCAUUGGAGACAGAGACACCGACGUGGGAGACUGAACACACACACACCUGGACAGCAUACAUACACGGCAUCAACACCAGAACACCGGAAACAACCUGAACAACGGAACUGUACAGUAUCUCCCUUUAGACAUCUGAACCACAGAACAGCUGAAUGACUUUCAGUCCCAGACCUAACCCCUGAUCCUUUGACCCAACCUCCUCCCCCCUCCCCUCACUGGGUCUCAGACGACUCAACUCUUUCUUUAUUUGACUAAAUAAGAGAGUUCUACUACUAUUGUUUUUUAUUAUUAUUACUACAAUGAUUCUGAUUAUUAUUGGUAAUAGUGAAUUUGAUAUGAAUCUAUAUCUGUUUUAUCUUUGGGCAGAUUAAUCCUCAUUAUUUUCAAUGGGGACAUUCUCCCUUGGGCCAGUCACGUUGGCCACAUUUGUAAAGAUGAGAUAUAUUUUAAAGACUUGGGAAGACAGACAGCAAAAAAACUCACACAAGCCUAGAAUGCUUUAUCACCAAGUGCUAUAUAUAUAUAUAUAUAAAGAGAUGAAUUAAUGAUGAGAUAAGGGGCCGAUUCCGAUCCGAGUUAAGCGCCUGUAAAUGGAAGUGAAUUCCCCUUUUAUGCACUUUUCUCUGUACGCGUAUUCUGACCUUGAAUUUAAGCAUGAGAAUAGCAUGAUAUUCACCCGCUAUUCAUUCAGGGUGGAGAUCUAAGAAAUGAAGGUGUGGUGGAGGUGGAGGACACUGUAUUCUGACCUUGACUUGAUUCCACCACCUUUACGCGCGAUGAAACCAGGAGUAAGAUUGAGCGAACCUGCCGGUUCCAAGUGGAAAAAGCGUCUACUUUCUUUUUUCCAAUAGAAAUAACAGCUUUCUCCAAUAACUAUAAAUUGUAAAUUGAUAAGAGUGGAGAUAAGAUCUAGAUACAUGAGUAAUCCAUUUGGAGAAGGGGAUUGUAAAUACACACAGCAAUUGUUUUAGAUGAUUUUUCCUAAUGAUCCGUGGAGACGAAUAUGAAACCAAACUGAAAAUCAUAUCAACAUGACAUGUAUUGUGGCCCCUUUUCCACUGUGAAGUAGGCUAUAAAUAGAUGUGCUGUUAUUCCACAGUUGUAUUGUGUGCCUGUAAUGGUCUGGGUGUAGCUGGUGCAGAGGUGUCAGGCGCAGGACAGCAGAGAUGAGUAACACAAGUAACUUUACUCAAAUAUUCCAAUAACAUGACGUAAUACCGAGCCCACAAUAAUGGACCGAACAUACAUAAAACAAUCACGCACAAAAACCAUGGGGAAAACAGAGGGUUAAGUAAUGAACAUGUAAUUGGGGAAUUGAAACCAGGUGUGUAAAACAAAGACAAAACAAAUGGAAAAUGAAAAGUGGAUUGGCGAUGGCUAGAAGGCCGGUGACGUCGACCGCUGAACGCCGCCCGAAUAAGGAGAGGGACCGACUUCGGCGGAAGUUGUGACAGUGCCCUCAUAAUUUGCGUAGAUGAAAUUUGGAGACCCACGCUUUAGGCUUCUGUAGGGCUGAACCUGCCCAGUUGAUAUAAGCGCUUUAAAAUGUUUUAAUUAUAUGCCCUGGCUUUUCUCCAUUUUAUUUUACAAUUUGUAUCAUGUUAAAUAUUAGCCACUAUCGGGAGCCACCAUCAGUAAUACCCACAUACAUUUAUAACUGUCACUUUAGUGUUAGUUCUUCAAUUUGUACCUUACCCUUUGCAUCAUUCCAUUCCGUUUAACUUUCUUUCCUCUGUCACGUCUGUGAAGUUGUUCCUGAGGGUAGCAUUACUGGAUCAUAUUAGGUUAAUGCUGUCCAAUAAUUAGGGACAUGUAGCCUAUUUGAAUCAUUAUGGAACUCGGACCACACGUAGCAGUUUGACCAUUGUCAUACAGUUCCAAUAUUUGUUAUUAAAUUAUUUAUUUAUUUUUAUGUUACCACUUUUUCUCCCCAACUUUGUGAUAUCCAAUUGAUAGUUACAGUCUUGUCCCAUUGCUGCAACUCCCGUACGGAGAGGCGAAGGUUGACAGCUGUGCGUCCCCCGAAACACAAGCCAACCCUUGACACAAUGCCCGCUUAAGCCAGAAUCCAGCCGCACCAAUGUGUCAUAGGAAACACCGUACACCUGGCGACCGUGUCAGCGUGCAUUGCGCCCUGCCCGCCACAGGAGUCGCUAGAGUGCGAUGGGACAGGAACAUCCCUGCCGGCCAAACCCUCCCCUAGCCCGGACGAUGCUGGGCCAAUUGUCACGGCCGGUUGCGACAGAGCCUGGACUCGACCCAGGAUCUCUAGUGGCACAGCUAGAAUCGCGAUGCACUGCCUUAGACCACUACGCCACUCGGGAGGCCACCUUCCAAUAUUUAAUGGAUUGUACUUGAUUCAGGAUAAAUUAAACUACUGUAUUUUUGAUUCAUCAAUAUGUUUAGUGUGUAAAGGCUCUCCAAACCAUUUUUUCCCCUUAUGAUUCAUACAUACUUUCCUAACCCUAAAAUGUGCCCAAAUAAUCUACACAAGCACAGUAUUUCUAAAUCAGUUGGUGCUGAAAAGGAGACGAAUAUGCAUAUACACUUCCGGUCAAACGUUUUAGAAGACCUACUCGUUCAAUGGUUUUUCUUUAUUUUUACUAUUUUCUACUUUGUAGAAUAAUAGUGAAGACAUCACAACUAGGAAAUAACACAUAUGGAAUCAUGUAGUUACCAAAAAAGUGUUAAACAAAACAUAUUUGAGAUUUGAGAUUCUUCAGAUAGCCCACCCUUUGCCUUGAUGACAGCUUUGCACACUCUUGGCAUUCUCUCAACCAGCUUCAUGAGGUAGUCACCUGGAAUAAAUUUCAAUUAACAGGUGUGCCUUCGUCAAAGUUAAUUUGUGGAAUUGAUUUCCUUCUUAAUGCGUUUGAGCCAAUCAAUUGUGUUGUGACAAGGUGGGGGUGGUAUACAGAAGAUAGCCCUAUUUGGUAAAAGACCAAGUCCAUAUUAUGGCAAGAACAACUCAAAUAAGCAAAGAGAAACAACAGUCCAUCAUUACUUUAAGACAUGAAUGUCAGUCAACAAGGAAAAUGUAAGAACUUUAAACAUUUCUUUAAAUAGCUACCACAGCACUCUGCAGCGAAACACCAUCCCAUCUGGUUUGGGCUUAGUGGGACUAUCAUUUGUUUUUCAACAGGACAACAACCCAACACACACCUCCAUGCUGUGUAAGAGCUAUUUGACCAAGAAGAAGAGUGAUGGAGUGCUGAAUCAGAUGACCUGGUCUCCACAAUCCACCGACCUCAACCAACUUGAGAUGGUUUUGGAUGAGUCAGACCACGUGAAAGGAAAGCAUCCAACAAUUGCUCAGCAUAUGUGGGAACUCCUUCAAGACGGUUGGAAAAGCAUUCCAGGUGAAGCUGGUUGAGAGAAUGCCAACAGUGUGCAAAGCUGUCAUCAAGGCAAAGGGUGGCUUUUUGAAGAAUCUCCAAUAUAAAAUAUAUUUUGAUUUGUGUAACACAUUUUUGGUUACUAUAUGAUUCCAUGUGUUAUUUCGUAGUUUUAAUGUCUUCACUAUUAUUCUACAGUGUAGAAAAUAGUAAAAAUAAAGAAAAACCCUUGGAUGAGUAAGUGUUCUAAAACCUUUGACAGGUAGUGUAUUUAGAUGGCUUUCCUUCAUUGAAUCCUUUAUUCUGAACCAAUGUAUUCUAAUGAGUUGGUUGACAAAAUUCAAAUUUCAAAUACCCCGUAUUUAGGGAAUGUCUUAAGACAAAUGUACUGAAAACCGUAUUGAUUGAAAAGAGCACAAGAAAAUCUGUUGGCCAACUAGCGGUAGGGUUUUUAGCAGUUUAAUUAAACGUAUUCAGCAUGCUCAAGGGAACCACGUCUGCAAAGCCCGUUUCGUACCUGCAUAAGGUAAGUCUGAAUACCAACUACUGAGAAUUGCGUAUCAAAGGCAUUCAUUUCCUAAGUCGGAAUCGGUCCCUAUGUGAAAAAUGUUUGAUGAAGGAGAGUGCACAGGGCCUUAAAUGACCAUCCCAUUGCCUUGCCUUUAGAGUAGUGAUUCGGUGGGGUAUGCUGCACAGGGACCCGGAUCAGAAUGUAUAGACCUGAAUCCACUUAGGUAACAACCUUCCAUCCCAGUCAGUAGACAUCUGAACACUAACCUGAACAGAAACAGGAAGUGUUAACAUCUCUGGGUAGAAGUUGCUUUUUAAGCACAGAUCUUGGAUCAGCUUACCCUUCCCAAAUCCUAACCUGAACCAUUGGGGAGAGAUGAAAACAUACCUAACCAUAUAUCAGCAGUGAGAGGCAACUUUAAACUAUUCUGUGGACAGAGGUCACUAACGUGGUGCCAGGUCGUAAGGUCAGGUGCCAGGAACCUCUAUACACAAUCAUGUUUCACACUCAGUUGGAGGGUUGUUUCUUGAAUUAAAGUCAGCCCAGUUCUUACCAACCCUGUCCUUAGUGGUCCCUGGGGCAGCAGCGCCCCACAACUAAGUGUCAACACUUCCUUGUUCUCCCCUAAAUCCCCCCAAAGGGCUAUGAUAGUGAAAUGUCUUAAAUUAGAUUGUUGUUUCUUUGUUUACUUUUUUUGCACACAAACACUUAGCCCAAAUUUCUGUCUCUAUGUUUGUCCGGCCUGCCGAAGUUUCUGGCAGGAUGACGGUUAUGCACAAACAUAGCUGCAGGAAGUAGGGGUGCUGAGGGUGCUGCAGCACCCCCUGAUAAAUCUGAGAAAACGAAAAUAAUAUUUUUUUAAAUGUUCAUGUGUAUUCGUUGCCUCCUCCCCCUUACUGGGAGGCCAGAGAGAGCAGAGAGGGUAGAAACAGCUCUUAUUGAGAAAGAGGCCUUUCUAGGUGAAAUCUGCUCUCCAAAUUGUAUGACAUGUUUUCCAGCGCAAGAAAUUAGGAGAAUCUGUAAAAAAUAUGGCUUCACUUGUUUGGUGUGUUCUGAUUGGAAGACUUAACUGGGCUUCAGUGGUUAGUGAGGAAAGACAGGAUGUCAACUGAUGUGAGAUGAACAUUAUCAAAAAUUGAAGUUUGUUGAAGGAUGAUUUGUCAAGCCAAUAUUCCCACCAUUAUGGAUAUCAUGUAACAAAAUGUCAUCUCUCUCUCUCUCUCUCUCUCUCUCUCUCUCUCUCUCUCUGUUAAGGAUAUCGUGUAACAAAAUGUCAUGUCUCUCUCUCUCUCUCUCUGUUAGGGUUAUAAUGUAACAAAAUGUCAUGUCUCUCUCUCUCUCUCUCUCUCUCUGUUAGGGAUAUCAUGUAACAAAAUGUCAUGUCUCUCUCUCUCUCUCUCUGUUAGGGAUAUCAUAUAACAAAAUGUCAUGUCUCUCUCUCUCUCUCUCUGUUAGGGAUAUCAUGUAACAAAAUGUCAUGUCUCUCUCUCUCUCUCUCUCUGUUAGGGAUAUCAUGUAACAAAAUGUCAUGUCUCUCUCUCUCUCUCUCUCUCUCUGUUAGGGAUAUCAUGUAACAAAAUGUCAUGUCUCUCUCUCUCUCUCUCUGUUAGGGAUAUCAUAUAACAAAAUGUCAUGUCUCUCUCUCUCUCUCUCUCUCUCUCUCUCUCUCUCUGUUAGGGAUAUCAUGUAACAAAAUGUCAUGUCUCUCUCUCUCUCUCUGUUAGGGAUAUCGUGUAACAAAAUGUCAUGUCUCUCUUUCUCGAUCUUUCUGUUAGGGAUAUCGUGUAACAAAAUGUCAUGUCUCUCUCUCUCGAUCUUUCUGUUAGGGAUAUCGUGUAACAAAAUGUCAUGUCUCUCUCUCUCCCUUUCUCUUUAUCAUGGUACAACACACAACGUCACACACAAUGUGCAGCUGCCCGACAAUAUCUGACAGAUAGACGCCAUGCUUCAAAAUGGUCUCUUAUCCAACCCUCAUCUACCUACUGUCAGUAUAGACACUAAUUCUCUACGCAGCAGAGCCCAGCUUGAUGUUAAAAUGCAUGUAUCAUCUGAUGUUUCCUUAUCAGGUGCUUGUUAGAUUUAUAUGAUUUUAAGGGGCCAGCAGAAUGCAUGUGCAGGGCACAUAAUAUGAAUAUGCAAAACUUGUGUGUUAUGAAUUAAGUUUCCUUCUCUUUAAAAUUAUAAUUUUUUCCUGCUUAGGUUUGUGACCCAUUUUACAAAGUAGAAGUUGAGUCUGUUAGAUUUUUCUUUAACUUGAUUAUUUUUCCUAAUCCUUCUGUCAUCUUGUGUGUUGGUCAUAGAGAAUGAUUAUGUCAUGUCUAUAAUUGAGGCAGCCCCAGUGGAUUAUAGUGUCACUGUGUGGAAAGUACUGUAGUAUACACAUAGAUACCAGAUGGAGAGAUUGUCAUAUGUGUGAAUAUGAGACAGUGCAACAUGUCAUGUUGCUGAUCGCCUCUGUGCUGAUCGCCUCUCUGUUCACCAUUCCCUUCAUCUAGAUUCUAGAACCUGUAUCCAAGAUUCUGAUCUAGGACCUGUGUUUUCUAGAUUCUAGAACUUGUAUCUUCUUUUUUCUAGAACCUUUAUCUUUGGUUGUAGAAUCUACUAUACCUUCUGAAUACUAGAAAAUGUAUCCAAGAUUCUAUUCUCGAACCUUUCCUCUGGAUUCUAAAACCUGUAUCCUUGAUUAUAUAAUCUAUACCCUCUGGAUUCUAGAAGCUGUAUCCAAGAUUCUAUUCUCGAACCUUUCCUCUGGAUUCUAAAACCUGUAUCCUUGAUUAUAUAAUCUAUACCCUCUGGAUUCUAGAAGCUGUAUCCAAGAUUCUAUUCUCGAACCUUUCCUCUGGAUUCUAAAACCUGUAUCCUUGAUUAUAUAAUCUAUACCCUCUGGAUUCUAGAAGCUGUAUCCAAGAUUCUAUUCUAGAACCUUUCCUCUGGAUUCUAAAACCUGUAUCCUUGAUUAUAUCAUCUAUACCCUCUGGAUUCUAGAAGCUGUAUCCAAGAUUUUAUUCUAGAAAGUCCUCUGGAUUCUUGAAGCAGAAGCCUGGAUGUUAGUGAACCUGUGCCAGCGUUCUGCCCCAGCACGGGUCAGAGGUUGUGAAUACUUCUUCAGGGGAAGGAAUGCUUUGUCUAUUUAUUUUUAGAUGCACACAAAGCAAAUUGUACAUACUAUAUUUAUUCUAUAAGUAAGGUGUUUUUUGUAAUUGUUUAUCACAUUUUCUUUUCUUUUUUUGUUAAUUAUUUUUUCUUGCCUCGGGCCAGUAGAGCUUCAGCGCUAACCGCGGUAGAUUAGCGGCUAAGUUAAUGAACAGAACAGCGUGGUGCCUAAAAUCUCACAAACCUCACUGAGGGCAGGGGCCCAAACAUAGGUGGCCUUAACCAAUCAAGAGCCAAGCUCAAGACAUAGUAACAAAUCAGGAGCCAGGCUCACCACAGAGUAGCAUCUCUUUAAUUAGCUUUGAGUAAUAACUGAUGUAUGUUGAUUUGAUGUUGUUGAUUUGAUGAGUGAAUGAGCAGUCGAAGAGAGAGGCUGCAUGGCUGUAAAGGCUGCAGUGUUUGGGAAUCACUGGGGCCAGAAUCUUCUAUUUAGAACAUAAAUGAAUAGGUGGAUAUUGUAAAUAGAAGGCGCUGACUAGGGCAACUCUGGGUUGGGUUAGGAACAGACUCAGUGGUGGGACGACACCAAGGUUUAGAAAGUAUAACGGACUGAUCAACCUUCCCCAUAACCCAUGCCCAUGUGAUACACUACACUGUAUCUUCAGAAAGGCAUAACACACACACACACACACCAUACAUGUACAUGCAUACAGAUAUACACACACAAACACACACAUACCUCCACUCUCUCUCUCUGUAACCCCAUGACUGUAGUGGGGUUCUCUCUCUGCAGGACUUUCUAAAUGGCUGGAAUUAAAGGACUAUAUCAUUUCGUACCAC